AUGUCCAGCGUGCUCUUGAAUCCUGACUUUAGAGAAGGAAUCUCGCUGCCUCUGAGUACAUUCUACGAGGAGAUACGAUUACAUCAGGCACAGUACAGCAAACACAGGCUCGUGAAGGCGACGCACUACAAAGAGCAAACUGCGGUGGCCCACGAGUUCCUGAUUCUUGAUGUCUUCGAUGGGAAGCACCUACUCUCCCUGCGGGUUGAGCGGCGGCCUACUACGAAGAAGCCCGAAGGACCAUCCACAACCACGUUCCCUCACCCAUAUGUGCGCAUCACCGACGACCGCAUCAGCCGCGCGCCGCCCGACUUCAAACCCUCUAGCUUCUACAAGAUCGUCGUGAUGCGCUGCCCCACGAAGCCGCUCUUCUCGCUUCCCGACGUGUGCACCAUCUUCCACAUGAUAUACGAAAGCUCGCCGAAUUAUUCCCUCCUCUCGAACCAGUGUUACUGGUUCUGUGCGGUGUUCCUCUGGGGGCUCGAGAAAAAGGUGAAGGUGGCUAAGACGAAGGGGAAGGACUAUGACCUGCGCGGGACCUUCGCGAAAGCGAUCAGAGUCCUUGGGGACGAGCAGGUGGAGAAGGACAUCGACGAGUACAAUGAGAGACUGCAGAGGGACAGAGAGGAAUCGGCACUCCUGGAGCGGCUUACAGCCAAGCAAAUAUACUUUGUCGCGCUGGAACAGAAGCGGCGCAGCAGCGCCGACUCGACGAAGAAGACGCUGGUCGUGGUCAACCCGCUGCUCGAGACCAGCGAAAACAAGCGGAGGAGAGAGGAGCUGGCUGUCAAGUCCAUGUUCGCGAAGGUCGUGCAGACUGCCGGAGAUAAUAGGGAUGAUGAGAAGGGCGACGCAGUCUUGCAGGGGUUGAUGUCUCCGCUGCCGAGUCCCAAGGGAGAACGAGAGAUCCACUUCGUCGCAUCUCCACCCCCGUCUCCGCCAUCGUCUCCGGGGAGCCUUCGUCCAACAUUACUUUGCAGAUGGUUUCAGCCUGGUACUGUAUGA